UUCCCUGGAAGUCUCCGAGAGCCCUGGGAGUGUCCAAGUGGCCCGGGGUCAGACAGCAGUCCUGCCCUGUACUUUCAGUACCAGCGCCGCCCUCAUUAACCUCAAUGUCAUUUGGAUGGUCAUUCCUCUGUCCAACGCGAACCAGCCUGAGCAGGUCAUUCUGUAUCAAGGUGGACAGAUGUUUGACGGUGCCCCCCGGUUCCAUGGUAGGGUAGGGUUUACAGGCACCAUGCCAGCCACCAAUGUCUCUAUCUUCAUUAACAACACCCAGCUAUCAGAUACAGGCACCUACCAGUGUUUGGUUAACAACCUUCCAGAUAGAGGGGGCAGGAAUAUUGGGGUCACCGGUCUCACAGUUUUAGUUCCUCCUUCUGCCCCACACUGCCAAAUCCAAGGACCCCAGGAUAUCGGCAGCGAUGUCAUCCUGCUCUGUAGCUCAGAGGAAGGCACUCCUCGACCAACUUACCUUUGGGAGAAGCUAGACAGUAGCCUCCAACUACCCCCAACAGCCACUCAGGACCAGGUCCAGGGAACAGUCACCAUCCGGAACAUCAGCGCCCUGUCAUCUGGUUUGUACCAGUGCGUGGCUUCUAAUGCCAUUGGGACCAGCACCUGUCUUUUGGAUCUCCAGGUUAUUUCUCCCCAGCCCAGGAGCAUUGGACUAAUAGCUGGAGCCAUUGGCACUGGUGCAGUUAUUAUCAUUUUUUGCAUUGCACUAAUUUUAGGGGCAUUCUUUUACUGGAGAAGCAAAAAUAAAGAGGAGGAGGAAGAAGAAAUUCCUAAUGAAAUAAGAGAGGAUGAUCUUCCACCUAAAUGUCCUUCUUCUGCCAAAGCAUUUCACACCGAGGUGUCCUUCUCAGAGAGCAACACAUUUACCUCUUCCAAUACCUAUAACAGCCGCUGCUGGAGCAACCACCCCAAAGUGCACAGAAACACAGAGUCACUCGACCACUUCAGUGACUUGCGCCAGUCCUUCUCCCUCCACUCGGGCCACGCCAACGUACCAUCCGUCUAUGCCAACGGCAGCCAUCUGGCCCCAGCCCCACAGAAGACCCUGGUCGUGACGGCCAACAGAGGGUCGUCACCGCAGGCCGUGUCCAGGAGCAAUGGCUCGGUCAGCAGGAAGCCCCGGGCUCAGUACACACGCUCCUACGCCAUCAGCCAAGCAGGCCUGGAGCGCAUUGGUGCUGUCCCUGUCAUGGUUCCAGCCCAGAGUCGGGCUGGCUCCCUGGUAUAGGACGCGAGCAGAUGGGGGUGCGGAGAGGACGCAAAGGAUGCCCCCAUUCCCGGGGGAGGGCGGGGUGGUGGAGUGUUGGGAAAGACACUUUCCUGACAAUGAUCCUAGUAAAAAAGCACAAAGAAGGAGUCAGGGCUGUGACCCGGCCACUAAGAUUGGUAAAACGAACUGGAAUGCUCCGGCAUGAAGACUUGUUCCCCCACCCCAGCUGUCCCAGGAUCCUGUUCAAAAAGCUGGAUCUCACAGAUGUGCCAAGCCAAGGAAAAAGGUAGAAGAGCAGAAUAGCAUUUAAAACCUAAACUGCAGUCCAGAUGGACUUGUUUUUUAAUUCAUGUCUAACGUAAUAAUUUUUCAAGAGACUAAAGUGCCAGAUGGAGUUUAAAGAAUGAAAUUAUUUAAAAAGAUAGGUGUCCUUAGAAACAUACUGAGCAAGCCUGUGGUACGUCCUGCCUUUCCCCGUCCCCUCUUGAUGUAGGGGGCCGAAUGGCAUUAAUGGCGAAUACUGGUCCUAGCAGGGCUGGCUCUUGUAUCAUAGAAUCAAAACUUUUUACACCAACAGAAUUCAGUAAGGAAUGGGUGAAAACUAGAAACUUCUUUGAGAAGCCCCUUCGUAUUUAUUUAUUUAUCUCUUCCUGGACCAUGAAUUUCAUAUU